AUGGUGGGUUCACAGAGUCCAAACGGAACGGCAGCGAAGAGGUACGGAAUCACGAAACCAAUCUCCGCCGCUGGUCCGGCUGAACCUGAUCUUCAUCGAAAUACGGAAUUAGAGAAGUUUUUGGUUGAUUCGGGUUUAUACGAGAGCAAAGAAGAGGCUAUAAAGAGAGAAGAGGUUCUAGGCCGUAUCGAUCUGAUUGUGAAAGGUUGGGUUAAGCAACUGACGCGUCAAAGGGGAUAUACUGAUCAGAUGGUAGAGGAAGCCAAUGCUGUUAUUUUUACCUUUGGGUCUUAUCGUCUUGGGGUGCAUGGUCCUGGGGCUGACAUAGACACCUUGUGUGUUGGGCCAUCUUAUGUGAAUCGAGAGGAAGAUUUCUUUAUUAUCUUGCAUGAUAUACUGGCUGAAAUGGAAGAAGUUACUGAACUUCAGCCAGUUCCAGAUGCUCAUGUCCCGGUUAUGAAGUUUAAAUUCCAGGGAAUAUCAAUCGAUCUUCUUUAUGCAAGUAUAUCCCUUUUGGUGGUUCCAGAAGACCUGGACAUCUCCAACGGGUCUGUGCUCUAUGAAGUUGAUGAGCAAACUGUUCGAAGUCUAAAUGGGUGCAGGGUUGCUGAUCAAAUUCUUAAACUUGUUCCAAAUGUUGAGCACUUUCGAACAACACUCAGAUGUCUGAAGUUUUGGGCUAAAAGGCGCGGUGUUUAUUCAAAUGUCACUGGUUUCCUUGGUGGAGUAAACUGGGCUCUUCUAGUUGCCCGAGUGUGCCAGCUUUAUCCUAAUGCAAUUCCUAGUAUGCUAGUCUCUCGGUUCUUCAGAGUUUAUACACAAUGGCGUUGGCCGAAUCCUGUAAUGCUAUGCUCGAUAGAAGAAGAUGAACUUGGGUUUCCCGUGUGGGAUCCUCGCAAAAACCCUCGGGACCGAUUUCAUCACAUGCCAAUAAUAACUCCUGCAUAUCCUUGCAUGAAUUCUAGCUAUAAUGUGUCUAUAAGCACUCGUCGUGUUAUGACAGAGCAAUUCCAAAGUGGUAACAGGAUAUGUGAGGAGGUUGAGCUGAGCAAGGCACACUGGAGUGCUCUUUUUGAACCUUAUCUUUUUUUUGAGGCAUACAAAAAUUACCUGCAAGUUGACAUAGUUGCAGCAGAUGCUGAUGAUUUGCUAGCUUGGAAAGGCUGGGUAGAGUCUCGGCUUAGACAACUUACCUUGAAGAUAGAACGGGACACCAAUGGGAUGCUGCAGUGCCAUCCUUAUCCAAAUGAGUAUAUAGAUGCCUCCAAGCAAUGCCCACAUUGUGCUUUCUUCAUGGGCUUGCAGAGGAAAGAGGGAGUGACUGGCCAGGAGGGCCAGCAAUUUGAUAUACGGGGAACUGUUGAGGAGUUUAGGCAAGAGAUAAACAUGUACAUCUUUUGGAAACCAGGGAUGGAUAUAUAUGUCUCUCAUGUUCGUAGAAGGCAGCUUCCGGGCUUUGUUUUCCCUGAUGGGUACAAGCGGUCUCGACCAUCAAAGCACAUGAACCAGCAGAGUGGUAAAACUGGUGAAGAUGUUACUAGGUCUCAGUCUGGGUCUGCUGAGAGACAUGGUAAGCGGAAAAAUGAUUGUGAAAUGGAAGAUUUGAAGCCAGAUAAACCAGAGAAACAGGCAUGUACAAGCCCACAAAGGCUGCAGUCUGUUUCUCCUUCUAAUAGUGCAAGUAGGUCCGGUGUAACAUCUCUGGCUAGUUCCUGUGAAGGGGUUAAAUUAGGGUGUUCAACAAUUGGGGACAUUGGUAGCAACUGCGAGGAUGUUGCUAGCAACUCUGAGGUUAGGUCAUCUAGAGGGCAGUUAGAGAGUGAAAAAGUUGAUCUGGGAGAUGCUAUGCAGCUGAGGGAGACUGUCUAUCAGGAGUCACCAUUAAAUCGACAGACCUCUAUGGAUUUACACGAUUCACCAAUAGUUAGGGUUGAGCUAGAACCAGCUGAUCAUAUGAAUGGCAUAGAGCCAAUGGAAUUGAUGGUUAAUACAAUUUCAAAGCAGGAGAUGGUCAGUCCACAUGAAGUAUCAAAUUUUGAAACCAGGGGAAAACCUAAGAUUGGCGUGAAUGACAAAAUUGAGGAUUUGGGGUCAAAUUUCAUGGAGAAUGGAUCUUCCAGGAGACUGUUAAAUUGUGUAGGGGGUGCUAGUCAAACCAUGGAGAUUGACCGAGAGCUUGUCAAAUCAUGUAGUCAGACAGCGGUUGUAGAAUUUGCUGAAAGCAUUAUAGGUUCACAUUCUGGCCCUCAGAACCUCAACUGCGAGGGUAAUGUAUGCGCUGUGGAUGCAGAUUCGCUUCUGGAAAGUGGAUGUUUGAAUGUGAGCCGAGUAUUGCAAAAUGGCUUGCCAGAAGAUUUAGAGCCAAAGACUGCAAUCGGUAAAGUUGUAAAUUCUCAAGAUGGUGCUAGGUCAGAAUCUUUGCAGAAGCCAAUGAUAAGGCAUGCAUUUUAA